AUGAGUCUUACAACAUAUGAUAAUGAUUUUAAUUUAGAAGAACUUAAUGAUAUUAGUGAAUUUAAUAUUGGAUCUCCAGAGUCAACAAAGCCAAAUAUUUCUAAUGAAUUUUUAGAUAUAGGAAGUGAUUGGGAUACUGCGUUUGAAGAAGAAGAAAAAAACAAAGAAGAAGAAAAAGAGAAACCAAAAGAUAUAAAACAAUUAAAAACAUUAAAAAAUGUUGAAAUUGAUUAUCAUGAAGAUAGUAUAAGUUCAGUUUUUAAAAAUAAAAUAGGAAAUUUCUUUGAACUAAGAAAAUCUGUUUUAGUGGAAGGAUUUAAAGAAGAUGAAAAAGAAUUAAGAGCAAAAGUAUGGGCAAUAUUAUUAAAAAGAAAACCAUUAAAUACUGAUGAAUAUAUUCAAUAUUGUAAUUUAUCUCGAUUAAAUCAAACAAUAAUUGAAUUAACUCAAAACAAAAUAGUUCAAAAAAUUAGUAAUGCAAUUGUUAAUUGGUUUGAUAAAAGAAAUCAACAAUGGUAUAAUAUUAAUACAAUUAUACAUUUAAUAAAUGUAUUUUUAUCUGUAACAAAUGAAUUAAAUACAUUUUAUUGUUGUAUUGCAUUUUUAUCAAAACAAUCUAUUCAUUAUUCAAAUAAAAAAGCUUGGAAAUAUGCCUUAAUUAGUAUUUUAUCUAUUGUAGAUAUGGAUCUUUGUCUUCAUAUUGUUCAACAUAUUGAUGUAGUAGAACCUUGGUUACAAAGUUAUUGUUUAACCCUUUAUUCUUUAGAUGAUUCUUUAAAAUUGAUGGAUUAUUUAAUUGCAACUCAUCCUUCUUUUUGUUUAUAUGUUAUUAGUGCUUUAAUAGUUUCUUAUCAUUCAGAACUUCUUCAAUCUACUUCUAUUGAAUCUGAUUUAAAAUCGUUAAAACCAAUUUCAAUUAAUAAAAUUCUUCAUUUUUCUAAUAUGCUUUAUACCCAGUCAUAUGUAUCAGUACGUAAUUACAUUGAUCUUCUUUAA